AUGGCUUUAAUACUGUUGCAAAGAAUUCGUAUAAUCCCAGCUCCGUUCCUUGGCCUGCAACAUUGUCAACGGUGCUUCAGUGCUCGUUUAUCGGAAAAUGUUAGUAACGACAAUGGCACAGAGCUGCAGCAUCCGGGGAGCAGGAACACUGAGCGACUGAUCAAAGUGGCCAUCAUUGGACUGCCAAAUGCCGGCAAAAGCACCCUCAUUAACCGUUUAAUUGAUCAACGGGUCUGUCCAGUUUCAGCAAAAGUUCAUACGACAAGAAAGGCAUCGAAAGCUAUUCACAGCAAGUCCAAUUCGCAAGCGAUUCUUUUUGAUACACCGGGGUUAGUAGGGAAUCGGGAAAUCAAGAAACAUCAGCUGGACACCCAUUUUGUAUCCGCAUGCCGGCAUGCAAUACAGCACUCGAGCUUGAUUGGUGUGGUGCACGACGUUUCGAAUUCAUGGACACGCCAUGCACUGAAUCCAGUGUUGUUGCGUGUCCUUGAAGAAUAUGCUACCAUACCGAGCUUCUUAAUAUUGAACAAAAUCGAUACGUUGAAAUCGAAGCGUAUUCUGCUGGACAUUGUGCGGAACUUGACCUGCAAUCAGCUGGAAAACAUUCGAAAUUAUGGGCCACUUCUUAGACGACGAAGAAAUAAGGAGUCUUCCCAGGUGACAGAAACGAACACUGUAAUUGAUGAUAGAGAGGCGAUUACCCCAGCUCCUUCACCACCCGUGGAUGGAUGGCCAAAUUUUACGGAAAUAUUUAUGGUUUCCGCAGUAACCGGCGAUGGUUUGCGUGAGGUGAUGUCUUUUAUACACAGCAAUUCGAAGCAACAACCGUGGGAACAUCUGCCAGACGAACACACGGACCUAACGCCUGAACAGCUGAUCGUGCAGAGCGUUCGUGCACGGUUGCUUGAUUUUAUGCCCCAGGAGAUACCAUACCUACUGCAGACGGAGCUAGAGUACUAUGAAGUGGUGGGUGGUAAGAUACUAACCAGUGCCAUCGUAACCUGUCCGAAUGACCGGAUAGCCCGGCUGGUGUGUGGUGAAUCGAAUGGAAAGCUGCGUCAAAUCAACGAACAGGUUACGUCGGAUCUGAUCGAAACGUUCGGCAUGCCAGUGCUGCUUUCAAUUACGACGCGGGUUCGCAGCAAAGAACCUAAGUCAUAA